CACAGCUGCCACAACUCAGUCCUGAGGACAGACCAAAUACAAUCAUGAACAUGGGCAGGAUCAUCUUCUACGAGGACAGGAACUUCCAGGGUCGUCACUAUGAGACCAGCAGCGACUGUCCUGAGCUGACCUCCUACCUGAGCAGGUGUCACUCCUGCAGGGUGGAGAGCGGCUGCUUCAUGGUCUACGACCGCCCCAACUACAUGGGAAACCAGUACUUCAUGAGGAGGGGCGAGUAUGCUGACUACAUGAGCAUGAUGGGAAUGUCAGACUGCAUCAGAUCUUGCCGUAAUAUCCCCAUGCACAGAGGAUCCUACAAGAUGAGGAUCUACGAGAGGGAGAACUUCGGUGGUCAGAUGCAUGAGCUGAUGGACGACUGCGACAACAUCCAGGACCGUUACCGUAUGAACGACUGCAUGUCCUGUCACGUGAUGGACGGUCAGUGGCUGAUGUACGAGCAGCCCCAGUACAGAGGCAGGAUGAUGUACCUGAGGCCCGGAGAGUACAGGAGCUUCAGGGACAUGGGAAUGAGCGGCCAGAGGUUCAUGAGCAUGAGGCGUAUCAUGGAUUCCUGCAUGUAAAUGGUCAUUAAAUAAAAAAAAUUCCAUUCCUCUA